AUAAAAUAUUUUCAUAGAGAGAGAGACAGAUUCUCUCUCCAAACUCGCCCAUCUGAAAAACGAAGAGGGAGAAAAUCUUACACUAUUAGUACUGUACCCCAUAUUCGAUGAUUGAUUUUAAGUCUUUAACAAUUGUUAACAAGUAAUCGGACUGAAGUUUAAAAGAAUAAUGGGGGAACUAGGGCAAGAGACCGUGGAUUUCAAGGCGCUGGUGGGCCGCGCCGCGGAAGAGUCGUACGUAUUGCUGAAGGAAUUGGUGGAGAAAUGUAAAUCUGUUGAACUCUCUGACUCAGAGAAGAAGAUCACGAUCCUUAAAUAUAUUGUUAAAACCCAGCAACGGAUGCUCCGCCUCAAUGUUCUCUCGAAAUGGUGCAAACAGGUUCCUUUGAUACAAUACUGUCAGCAACUUGCGUCUACUCUAGCUAGUCACGAUACAUGCUUCACCCAAGCUGCAGAUUCAAUGUUUUUCAUGCAUGAGGGGUUACAACAAGCUCGUGCGCCCAUCUAUGAUGUUCCAUCUGCGAUUGAGGUUCUUCUUACUGGAACUUACCAUCGUUUGCCUAAAUGUAUGGAGGAUGUUGGUACACAGGGCACAUUGAAUGCAGAUCAGCAAAGUCCAGCUCUGAGGAAACUAGAUGCUCUUGUCAGGUCUAAGUUACUUGAUAUUUCACUUCCGAAAGAAAUUACUGAAGUCAAGGUUUCUGAUGGUGUUGCCUUGCUACGUGUUGAUGGUGAAUUUAAGGUUCUCGUUACCCUUGGUUACCGAGGACAUUUGUCAAUGUGGAGGAUAUUGCAUUUGGAGCUGCUUGUUGGUGAGAAAAGUGGGCUGGUAAAGCUCGAAGAGUCACGACGGCGUGCUCUUGGAGAUGAUUUGGAACGCAGAAUGGCUGCUUCAGAAAACCCAUUCAUGACAUUAUAUUCCAUUCUUCAUGAGCUUUGUGUUGCCCUCAUUAUGGACACUGUUAUAAGACAAGUGCAAUCACUUAGGCAAGGCAGAUGGAAAGAUGCAAUUCGGUUUGAGCUGAUAUCUGAUGGGAGUAGCAGACAGGGAGGAAAUGCUACCUUGACCCAGAGCACUCAGGACGGAGAAACCGAGUCAGUUGGUUUACGAACUCCUGGAUUAAAAGUUAUAUACUGGUUGGAUUUUGAUAAAAACUCGGGUGCAUCUGGCACAAGAACAUGCCCAUUCAUGAAAAUUGAACCUGGACCAGAUUUGCAGAUAAAGUGCCUUCAUAGCACGUUCGUGAUUGAUCCUCUGACUGGCACGGAGGCUGAAUUUUCCCUUAACCAAAGUUGCAUUGAUGUGGAAAUGUUGUUGCUUAGAGCUAUUUGCUGUAAUAAAUAUACUCGUCUGCUUGAGAUUUGUAAGGAACUGGAGAAGAAUGACCAGCUAUGUCGAGCUCCUGGAGAUGUCCAACUUCAGUUAUGUACAGGUGAAUGUGAUGCUGACAGCGAAAAGAAGGUUAACAUAUUCAGUUCCCAGGAGUACGAGGGCCAGGAAAUUCUGUGCGUACGAGCCUAUGUUUCAUCAUUUUUCACCCUUGGAAUAAACAUAAGGGAUGGUCGCUUCCUCCUCCACUCGUCCAAAAAUAUUGUAUCAUCAUCAGUGCUGCUAGAGUGUGAAGAAGCUUUGAACCAGGGAAGUAUGCCUGCAACAAAAACUUUCAUUAACUUGAGGAGCAGUGCUAUUUUGCACCUGUUUGCUUGCAUUGGCAGGUUCCUAGGCCUCGAGGUAUUUGAACACGGUUUAAUUCCGAUGAAGGUUCCAAAGAACAUUUCAGAUGGUUCAAAUUCAUUAAUCUUGGGAUUUCCAGAAUGUGGGAGCUCUUACUUUUUGCUGAUGCAACUCGACAAGGAAUUCAAACCGCUUCUCAAAUUAAUAGACGCUCAGGCAGAUUCCACAGGGAAAGAUCAACCUUUUGACAACAUGAAUAAUGUCAUUCGAAUAAAUAAUGUUGAUAUUAGUCAGAUGCAUAUGUGUGAAGACGAACUCAAUUUGAGUCUUCUUGACUGUCGAAAGAUCCUUACUAUUCUUAGUGAUGUUAACAGUAGCCGGAUUUCUGAGCAUGGUCCCUCUGACUCCAGCAUUGAAAUUUCCACGCUUCGAUCUAAUCCACCAUUAGGUUUUUGCUCCAUUGUUGAUGAGGUAUUUGAGCUUGAGAAAGGGUCAAAUGCUCCUUCAUUUUCUGGCCAUAGUUCCUCUUCAAAUUUUGGCACGUCUUUCACAUCUCAUUUUGGCUUGGGUCCUACAAACCUUCAUAAUGUAAAAGCUGAAAAAUCUUCCCCUAGUUGGGAAGGUGCACACAUACUGCAAGACACUGGAAGCAAAUCUAAGGGCUUAGUACAGUCUGGUUCCACCAAUUCCUUAACCACUGCUCCAGGAAGAAGCCAAUCUGUGAAGAACCUGGCGACGUCCAAGUCCGAUCAGGAGUUGAUUUCUCUCAGAUCUCUACAUUCUGGUGGCUUAGGUUCUUAUGGCAUGAUGGAUGAGGAACAGCUGAAUGUAUCUGGAAUUACCUCUACGCAACUGUUGACUACACCUUCUCAACCUGUUGCUCGAGCUUCUUUAGUAAGCUUGAAACCAAAUGAGCCUAGAAGCUUGCCUACCGUGGCUGUACCUGGCAAUUUUAGAGUUUCAGAAUCUAGCUUGCUGGUUGCUACUCCCAUAUGUAAGAUACCAUUUUUAUUAUUUACAGCUGCUGCUGCUGGGAGAGGUGGUCCUGGCAUUGUUCCAAGUUCUCUGUUGCCUAUUGACGUUUCUGUAGUACUUCGUGGUCCAUACUGGAUUCGAAUCAUAUACCGCAAAAAUUUUGCUGUAGACAUGCGGUGUUUUGCUGGAGAUCAAGUCUGGUUACAACCAGCAACCCCACCGAGAGGGGGUCCAUCAGUUGGAGGAUCACUGCCAUGUCCACAAUUUCGACCAUUUAUUAUGGAGCAUGUUGCUCAGGAAUUGAAUGGCAUAGAUUCUAAUUUUCCAGGAGCUCAACAGGCUCUUGGACUGACAAAUUUAAGUAAUCCCAAUCCAAGUGCAGGUCCGCAGCUGUCAACUGCCAAUGGAAAUAGAACCAACCUCUCAAAUUCUGCUGCUGUUGCAAUCUCUCGUCCUGGAAAUGCAAUGUCUGGACUUAACCGCAUAGCAAAUGCUCUUCCAGGACCUACAAAUCUAGCUGCGGUGAAUCCAUUACGUAGAUCACCUGGCUCAGGAGUCCCUGCCCAUGUUAGAGGGGAGUUAAAUACUGCAAUAAUUGGACUUGGGGAUGACGGAGGUUAUGGUGGCGGAUGGGUCCCUGUUGUGGCACUUAAAAAAGUACUUAGAGGUAUUCUCAAGUAUCUUGGAGUACUCUGGCUGUUUGCACAGUUACCAGAGCUUUUGAGAGAGAUCUUGGGGUCAAUUCUGAAAGAAAAUGAAGGUGCAUUAUUGAACUUGGAUCAGGAGCAGCCGGCAUUGCGCUUCUUUGUCGGGGGCUAUGUCUUUGCUGUUAGUGUUCACAGAGUCCAACUUCUUCUCCAAGUCCUUAGCGUAAAAAGGUUUCAUCACUCUCAACAACAGCAACAAAAUGCAGUUGCUGCCCAAGACGAGUUAACUCAGUCUGAAAUAGGCGAGAUAUGUGACUAUUUUAGUCGUCAGGUUGCAUCAGAACCUUAUGAUGCAUCUCGUGUUGCUUCCUUUAUUACACUUUUGACUCUACCAAUUUCGGUUUUAAGAGAAUUUUUGAAACUUAUUGCAUGGAAGAAAGGAUUGUCUCAAGCUCAAGGUGGUGAUAUAGUUCCUGCACAGAAAUCUCGCAUUGAACUUUGUCUUGAGAAUCAUGUUGGGUUUAAUGUGGAUGGGAACUCUGAAAAUUCAUCUGCAUCCAAAAGCAAUAUUCAGUAUGAUCGGGCACAUAACUCAGUCGAUUUUGCAUUGACAGUUGUUCUUGAUCCUGUACACAUACCACUCAUAAAUGCUGCUGGUGGUGCUGCUUGGUUACCGUAUUGUGUCUCUGUGAGAUUGAGAUACUCAUUUGGUGAAAAUCCUAAUGUAUCAUUUGUUGGAAUGGAGGGGAGCCAUGGUGGCCGUGCAUGCUGGACACGAAUUGAUGACUGGGAGAAAUGUAAACAGAGGGUAGCCCGAACUGUUGAAAUGAAUGGAUCUUCUGCUGGGGAUGCUAAUCAGGGAAGGUUGAGGGUUGUUGCUGAGAGUGUACAAAGAACAUUGCAUGUCUGCCUUCAGGGGCUAAAAGAUGGCAAUGUGAUGACGUUGUGACUGAUGGAAAAAUAACAAUACAUUGCUGCUUAAUAUUACUGUCUCAACCUAUGAAUAUGGUCAUUACAGUCUCAACCAAAGUAGCGAGCUUCUUUUCUCUUGAAUCAACAGUUACAUCGGGCUGCUUACAUUUGCAGGACAUUGAGAAGUAAGAAAAUUUUAGAUUUGACAAAUGUUGACUGAAGAAAUGGCUAGGAUGUAUACAGUGUGUUUGGCGAAUUUGAAUUGGGGCGAACUCAGAUUUAGGGUCGGGUUGUGGUUUACUCUUUGUACAGUUUACACUAUAAAAUUUGUUUCAUUUUAUAUUCUUGUACCAUUUGAUUUGGCAAGUUAACUGGUUCCAAUCCUUGUUCAGAUAGUAACAAAGUAGAAGAUUAUUUUUGUUUUCUUUCUAUUCUAGAAGGGGAAUAGUUUAAUUGAGUGAUAAUUUUGAUGCCAAUUUUUGUAAUAAGUGCCAGGUGAUUUAUGGUUCUUUUGGAUAGACAUGGUUAAACCACUUUUGAGUAUUAGAUUCUGAAUGUACAAUUAUGACUGAAGUGAUAGAAGAUAGUAAUGGGAAACAGUGGUGUAUUAUAAAGCAAAUGAACUUCAUUUGACAGUAGUUUGCUAAGAUUUCUGCAAUUAUUCUCUGUACAUUCUGGACCGGAAUAAAUUUCCUGCUCCCAA